AGCAGAGAGGUGGGGCUACCGUUAAUCGCUCCGCCCCCUUCGUUCCAAGGCCAGCCCCGCUCACCCUAUCAAAAUUGCCCUUUGUAUACGGACAGCCACCUGGGACAAUCUAGGUAGAGACGUCUAAACCUCCAGCCAAUGCAAGCGCAAGAGUCACUUGGGGCGGAGUCGCUUUGAGAUUGACGGAGGGAAAGCCAAUGAGCCCUGGAAGCCUAACGACCCAGCCAAUAGAAGAUGAUAAAGUGCUAGGCCAAGACAUAGCCAAUCAGAUUGGAAAAAAAAACAAAUUCCAGCGAAUAGGAAACAGAGAGUGGGGAGGUAUUGUUUCAUGAAUGAUGUCGCGCUAAAGUUUUGGCUGUCUCGCCAAUGGGAGGUUAAGAGGUGGGAUUACGGAGUGAUUGGCACUACGAAUGGCCAAUGAGCGCGCGUCACAGGAAGCCUGGUGUAUUUUGAGGGGAGGGAACGAGCGGCAGCCGCUGGGGCCAAUGGGGGUGCGGGGUCGGGCGCGGUAGAUUUGAAUCGCGGCGGAGACUGGGCCCAGGGCUCCCUGCUGGAGGCGGACUCGGGCGUGGAGGACUCGCCACUCCUGGUGCCCGCAGCCAUGGGGGCUGCUGAGAGCUUCCCCGCUACACCCACCUCGAAACCCUUCCUCAACAAGCACCUGGCCCACGUCAGCGACCCCCGCUCCCCCACGCCUGGGAUCCUGAGGACUCCCAUUGAGGUGGAGAGCUCCCCUCAGAGAAGCCCCUUGGCUGAGCCCAAGGAAGCGGUGAGGGCAACUGAACAGAUCCAGAGUUGGGACCCUCGCUCUCCAACCCUUGGCAUCUCACGCACCCCUAUGAAGGCUGUGAUGGCUGACACCAUAAAUUGUUUGGUGAAACAGCUCAGCGAGGCCUUUGGGGCAGAGACCAUGGAGCAGGAGUCACUGCUGGAAAAGCCUUUACACCAGGGGCCAAAUCUUGGAGCUGCCUGUGUUCCAGGGGAGGAGACAAAUGGAAAGAACCCUCAGGGGGAAGGCUCUGCCAGGGAUGCGUCUCAGGAAGAGAUCUCAAUGUGGGAUGAGGAGAAGCAGCCACCUUCCAACACUGUAAUGAGACCAGCUCGCUUCACUGACCCACCCCGCACCUCCGGGGGCAAACCCACAAGACGCAAGGCCAGCAACAAAGUCUUGGCAGCCUCUGGUGGUACCGGGCGCUCUCCCCUCAGCAUCCUACAAGAUGACAAUUCCCCGAUUACUCUCACUCCUCGCCAGGGUAAGAGGCACCCAUCACUGGCAGAGAACCUGGGGGAGUGGAAGGAGGUGGCAGCAGAUCCAGGGUGCAGCCUCAAAUCAGGGGGCCGUGCCUGGAAUGAUUUGAACAAGGAGAAUCAACACUGUCGUUUGGUGGAGAAUUAAACGGUUUAAGGGGUCCCCUUUCCCUUGGACUCCUGACAAUAACCUUUUCUUCUAUCUGUGCUUCUGGAAUGGAGCUUUCUAAGGACAAAGGAUCCUGCCCUUUUGGAUAGGGGCACCCUGGGCCUGUAUUCUCUUCUCACCCAAUCUUUUCAGGGGGAGAGGAUGAACAGUACUUCCUUUUCUCUUCCCUAAUUUUAUGCAGAUCUCUUUUCAUGUACAGGCUUCUGUGCUAUGUGGCUGUUGGUCUCUGAAACCUCACUUGCACUGCCUCAAUUUCUAAGCCCAUGCAUGUGGUAAAUAAACACGUUUU